AUGUCGCGGACGCUGGUGCAGCCGGUGGGGCAGAAGCGCCUCACCAACGUGGCGGUGGUGCGGCUGCGGAAGCACGGCCAGCGCUUCGAGAUCGCCUGCUUCCCCAACAAGGUGCUCUCCUGGCGAUCCCACGUCGAGAAGGACAUCGACGAGGUGCUCCAGUCCCACACCGUCUACUCCAACGUCUCCAAGGGCGUCCUCGCCAAGUCCAAGGACCUCACCAAGGCCUUCGGCACCGACGACCAGACCCAAAUCUGCAUCGAGAUUCUGGAGAAAGGGGAGCUCCAGGUCUCCGGCAAGGAGAGGGAAGCGCAGCUCUCCAGCCAGUUCCGCGACAUCGCCACCAUCGUCAUGGAGAAGACCAUCAACCCGGAGACCCGCCGCCCCUACACCAUCACCAUGAUCGAGCGCCUCAUGCACGAGAUACACUUCGCCGUCGACCCAAACCUCACCUCCAAGGAACAGGCUCUAAAAGUUAUCAAGAAGCUCACAGAGCACUUCCCCAUAAAGCGUGCACCACUGAGGGUGCGGUUCACUGCACCAAAACCCAAUUUUCCAGGCCUUAUGGAGAAGAUUGGCGAAUGGAAUGCUACUGUCAUUUCAAAGGAUGAAUUGAGCACUCAGCCUUCUAUUGUAUGUGAGAUCGAGCCAUCUCUUUUGCACUCGUGUGAGGAGCGGUUGAAGGAUGUGCAAGGGAGGGUUGAAGUGCUGUCUGUCUCAGCACACGCAGAAAGUGGCCCAUCUGUGGGGCAACAUGACAGUGUCGAAGUGCCACAAGCAGCUCGUGUGAAGGAACCUGAUGCUGUUGCUCAGAUAAGUGAGACAAUGCAGAAACAGAGCAUUUCUACUGAAAGCCAGGGCAAUGCACAAGGCAAGCAGCAGAGAAGGUGCAAGGAGUGUGAUGUGCUCGUGGAGGACAAGCUAUACAGAGAGCACUGCAAGAGUGGGUGGCACAAGCACAACUACACGCGCCACAAGAAUGGGCUCCCGCCUCUCAGCCAAGAGGAGUGCAUUGUGGAGAUGGAAUUGGCCGACUCCAAGAAGGACCUUAAAGACUACGAUUUCUGA